CCGGCCCUGCCUACACCGCGUGAUCACCCUCGACCAAUGGGAAGGGCCCAGGAAGGAAUCAUGUCCCCUGCAAUUGCACUGGCCUUCCUGCCACUGGUGGUGACACUGCUGGUGCGGUACCGGCACUACUUCCGGCUGCUGGUGCGCACAGUCUUGCUGCGGAGCCUCCGUGACUGCCUGUCUGGGCUGCAGAUUGAGGAGCGGACCUUCAGCUAUGUGCUCACCCAUGCCCUGCCUGGGGACCCCGCUCACAUCCUCACCACCAUGGACCACUGGAGCAGCCACUGCGAGUACCUGGGCCACAUGGGGCCUGUCAAAGGUCAGAUCCUGAUGCAGCUGGUGGAGGAGAAGGCCCCUGCUUGUGUGCUGGAGCUGGGCACUCACUAUGGCUACUCUACACUGCUUAUAGCCCGCGCCCUGCCCCCAGACAGUCGCCUUCUCACUGUGGAACGGAACCCCCACACAGCAGCAGUGGCUGAAAAGCUCAUCCGGCUAGCUGGCUUUGAUGAGCACACGGUGGAGCUCAUCGUGGGUAGCUCAGAGGAGGUGAUCCCAAACCUACGAACCCAGCACAAGCUGAGUCGGGCAGACCUGGUGCUCUUGGCACAUCGGCCCCGAUGUUAUCUACGGGACCUGCAGCUGCUGGAGGCCCAUGCUCUGCUGCCUGCUGGGGCCACUGUGUUAGCUGACCAUGUGCUCUUCCCUGGCGCACCUCGAUUUUUGCAAUAUGUCAAGAGCUGUGGCCGCUACCGCUGCCGCCUCCACCACACUGGCCUCCCAGACUUCCCUGCCAUCAAGGAUGGCAUAGCCCAGCUCACCUAUGCAGGACCUGGCUGAGGUCCAGGCCCAUGCAUACUUACUACUGUCCCCAAAUCCCCAUCCUCAAGCAAGGACAUCAGAACAUACCUACCCCUCCUGCUAGUGGACUGAUACAUGCUGGGC